AUAUCUAAAUCCUAAUACAAUAUAUCGUAAUUAGCUUGUUUUAUAACUUGUGUUGCAGUUAAUGGAACAUUUGAAUAUAUUGCUAUAACAGAAGCCAAGUUUCGUGAAUCCUAAAUUGGACGGUUCCCUGGGGAGAAACCAUACGAAAGCGAAACACGUCCUCCUCCGACGCAUUGUGACCUCUCUCUCUCUGUGAUAUCUAUAUUAUUAUUGUCUUGGCAUUGUCGCAAAUAUUUGUAAAUAAAGAUGAACAAAAGAAGUAAAAACAAGAAAAAGAAGGUCGGCGGGAAAUACGAAUUAUCAUCGAGCGAUCCAAACCCAUCACUAAUUGUUUGUUCCCCAUUGUUACGCACACCUGAUAAUAAUUUAAAGUACGUACUUGUGUUCAAUUUGUUAUCAAAAUCACGCGGGCAGAUGCUUCCCUAUUAUAAUGUUGUUUUUUUUUUGUAUAUAUAGAUAUAUAUAUUCGAUGGUCGCAAUGUGCGGAUUGUCGCGUAGCGAUCUAGUUAUUGAUUUGUUUGCGACUCGUUCAGUGUACUUUUCUUGGUGACUUACAGCUGGAUAGUCGGACGGGAGGUCGUAGACUUUUAAACGGCACUUAAAAAAUAAAUAACUUAAAAAUAGCGACGGUGCGCGCAUAUAAAUAAAAAAAAGGAAACAUUUUGAGAAGCAGAAAUAUAUCAGUUCGACUGCAGCAGAGAUGUCACGACUGGUAAAGAACUCGGUGCGUCUGUACUCGUCCUGCCUGCCGUUCCAGGUGGAGAGAGCCGGAUUCUACGAGAAGGAUGAGAUCCUCGACCUGGUGCGAAAGAACUUAAUGCGCGACGAACCGUUGAUAAAAUCGUUGAAAGUGGACGGAAGAUCUCUGGAAGGGUUCUGCUCGAGGUUGCUUUGCGAUGGGACCGUGCUGAAAGUUGAGGAUCACGGGAGGAUCGUAGCCGUGGGGAUGUGUUCCACCAGGAGGCGCGGUGUAAGCAGUGCAUUGAGCGAGGAGAGUAAGCGGGAUUCGGAAUUCGGGAAGAUACUGCGAUUACUCGCCAAGUUGGAGGUGAAGGCGGACGUGUUCGGAAAAUACCCCGAGCUGGACACCUAUCAGCACGGCGAGUUGGUUGCCGUCGACACGGAAUACAGGGAAAGAGGUCUCUUCAAACUGAUCGCGCUCAAGUUCGAGCAGAUCGGAAUCGAUGACGGUUCCAAGCUGAUCACCUCGGUGACCACGGGGAAGUACUCGAAGAUGGGUUGUCUGCGGGUCGGUUGGCGCGAGGCCUCCACGAUCCGCUACUCCGAUUACACGGAAGACGGGAAGGUCGUCUUCGAGCCGGAAUCCCCGCACACCGAGGCCUCCUGCAUGAUCAAGGUGCUUGCUUAAGCUUAAGACUCUACCU